UAAACCAUUCGCACGUCUUUUUAAUUCCACGGACGGAUGGAGUCCAACAGUUAAAAUCCACUUUUCAGAGAGCUUAAUCAUUGUGAAACAUACGCAUGGUUUAUUAUCGAGCUGCGGCUAAUGGUACUCUGUUGAAAUUUCUCCAUCUUUUCCUCCGAAACCCUCGGAAGGAGAUGAAAUCGCUUACUCAUCUCCAUUAAUAUUGUAAUCAACUGUUAUAAUCCUUGCCGAGGAGCCGUGGGUUUUAAUUUCAGCUCUGAACGUAUUAAACUUGGGGAAAAUCGGUGUUUAAUUUCAAAUUCGCGGUAGUAGAUCCGAAAUUUGACGAGGUUCGUUCUCCGAUUCAGGCGGGAUCUUGAAAGAAAACGGCGUGUUUAUCGCCAAAUUUGAAGUGGAUUCGUUUUACUUUGGCAAUAGUUGUGUGCUUGUCUAUGAGAUGAGCGGAUGAAAUACUUGAACGCUAAUGGAUUUGGCAACUUUUAUGAUAAAUCUUUUUUUUUUUUUUCAACUCGUCGGGAGUACGUGACGUGCCUUAGGGUAUUAAUCACAGACAAUUAAGUGAAAUUUGUGAAAAUAUGGCUUUCAGAUGUCGAUAAUCCGAAAUUGCGUAAAAUGUUAUAAUAUUGCAGAACAAUAUUGGUUUCGGCAUUCAGUAAGGUUCUUUGGUAUCUGAAAUUGGAGAUGACUGCUGAUUUCUAUCAAUGGGAGGUCGAUCCCUUUUUUGCGGCUGCUGAAGAUGUGCAGGACUCAGCUGACAGAAUGGAAUCUGCACACAGAACAUGGCUACACGAUCAGAGUCUUCUGGAGGCUGACCCAACUGACACAGAAGUAGCCAAUUCGAUUGAAUUUCGAAAGAGGGAGCUGUUGAUUGCUAUUGGGACUGCCAAAUGGCAGCUGGAAGACUUUGAAAGGGCUAUCAAGGCUAUGGCUUCAAGUGUUAAGCUGUACACAAGGGAAGAUUCUUAUUCUAGGCACAUGCGAUUUAUUGUGGCUAUUCAGAACCAAAUUGCAGCUAUUGAGCAAACGUUGCAUGAUUCAACCACAAACUAUGGAAAUGAAAGCAUGCGGGAGGUGAAUCUCAAUGAUCAAGAGAGAGAUGAUUUUGCCACAUUUCUUUCAGGAGGAGGAUCGUCUACAAAUUCCUUGAAAUCUAGCAUAUGCAGAAAUGCUUCUGAAAAACAAAUUAAGGGAAAAAUUGCAAUUCAUAUUGAUUUACAGGAGCCUGAAGAAAUGGAUGAGUUGAGGCUUGAUGAUAGACCAUUGCUGCAUAGAGAAACUGGGCAGUCAAAAUUGCAAGGUGCAAGGCACUCUAACAUUGAUGGUUCUUGUGUACUGGAUAACCGUGCAAAUGGCUUCAUUGAAACUGGAUUAAUGGGAAAGGAUUCUGAUUUUGGUGUGGAGUUGUCUAAUAGGGUGUCAGAAAUAAGAGAUUGCCACACUGUAGGCUCUGUAGAAAGAUCAACAGGGCAUAAAAGAAGUGCAAGUAUGGGCGCUGAGUUGGGAACUUGGAAGAUUGCAAUUGCUGACAAUGACAUUAUUAAAAGAUCUCAUGGUAUUCCAUCUGAAAAUUUUGCUAAUAGAUUCAACUUUUGGGGUUUACUAGGUAACCUGAAUAUUUUGUCCAAGUUCAAAGUUUCUAGGAGUGGCAUGAAGAGAUGGAAAGAUGGGGAAGGAGAUACCAAUCACUCUAAGGAUGAGAAACUUUCUGCUAAUGGGGCUAUAAGUACUUGGUUGGGAGAUAGCAGAACAGGUUCGAAUGGCUGUCAUGUACCUUCUUAUAACAUUUCCGAUGAUAAACAAAUUCAUAGUUGGACCGGAAAUGCCCAAAGGAGGAUUCAAAGGUCACAAUAUUUCAUCCAACAUAGUCGUUUACACCUUGUACGAAUAGCUUCAGCGAUUCUUCUGACACUAGGCCUAGUUGGUCUUUUCACAUUUCAUGUUACUUGAAAGGUUCACAAUUAUGACUGGAUUCUUUUGAAUUUAGCAAGAGUGUUCCUCCAUACACUCAACGAUAUCUUAGUUCGAUAUUCUGUGAUGAUGAGAAUUAUGUGUCACUGAAAGCAAUUGCACCAUCAAUUUUCAACCAUUGUGUGGUCUACAGGCUCUCUGGAGUUAAUGAAAAAGUAACUAAUUACUUUCUUUUAUGCAAUUGGUUAUUGUUGUCUGUUGAGGCAAAGUAGCCUGUUUAAGGUCCAACAUAUUACUUCUGAUUGCAGGUCCUUGCAUCAUAUCAUAUGGAUCUUGCAUGUAUGAAAUGUAAUUUUUUAUGUAUGUAAUCUAGAUGAUUAUAGUCAAAUUCCUAUGGGCUGUUCUUAA